CCUCCUCGCUCCUUGCCAAAUUCCAUGGCGUAAUCAUGCCCUUUUUUCUCUUGCGUUUGUGGUGGUGACUCUGCACGUACGCCAUGGGGGGGCCGGGCCUGCAGGACUUCCCUAUAAAAUGCACACACACGCAAGUUGUUGCUCGGGGCAUCAUCGAUCGUACAAUAUCCUGUCCCGGUCCGGCCGGCUUAGCUGCUGCAAAUUCAGCAAUUGCUUGGCACAUCGAGUUGAUUGAUCGAGGUCGAUCGAGGCUAGCUAAGCUGCGUCCAAUGGCGUUCUCACGGGCUACGGCGGCGGCCGUCGUCGCUCUCGUCGUCCUGCUGCCGCAUUUGGUCGCCGCCGUCGUCCUCGACGUCGGCGGCGGCGUCGCGGCGAGGCCGUGCCACUCGGCGUCCGUGGACGGCGACGCCGGGUGCCUGAGCUGGCGGGUCAUGGUGGAGGCGAACAACGCCAGGGGGUGGCGCACGGUGCCCGCGGCGUGCGUCGCCUACGUCAGGGGCUACAUGACGCGGGGGCAGUACGGCAGGGACCUGAGCAGCGUCAUGGACCAGGUCGCCGCCUACGUCGACACCGUCGAGGCCGACGGCGACGGCCUCGACGCAUGGAUCCUCGACAUCGACGACACAUGCCUCUCCAACCUGCUCUACUACGAGGCCAAGCAGUUCGGGGCCUAUGAUCCCUCGGCCUUCAAGACGUGGGCUAGCAAAGGGGCUUGCCCGGGGAUACCUGCGGUUCUUGAGUUGUUCGCCACAUUGCAAGCCAAGGGGUUCAAGGUUUUCCUCCUCUCCGGGAGGGAUGAAGAGACACUGGCCACUUGCACGUCAGAGAAUCUCGAGUCAGAGGGGUUCUUGGGGUAUGAGAGGCUCAUCAUGAGGAGCCCGGAGUACCGGGGGCAGAGCUCGUCGGUGUUCAAGUCGGCGAUGAGGAAGCGGCUGGUGGAGGAGGAGGGCUACAGGAUCCGCGGCAACGUCGGCGACCAGUGGAGCGACCUGCAGGGCGACUACGUCGGCGACCGCGUCUUCAAGAUCCCCAACCCCAUGUACUACGUCCCCUGAAAACUGAACCGGACCACAUGGCCGGACCGAUCGAUUGAUCGGUUCGCGUGGGCGCAUCCGGGAGCCGUGUAAACGAACGGCAAAUGCAAGAAUCUUCUUAAUGCAAAAGAAGAGAAACUGCCAACUAUCUCUACAUUUCUUCAAGCUUUAUGCAACAGAGAUGGUGCCAUUACAA